UGUACGACAUUAUAGUGUUUUUCACAAUUGCAAACGAUUAUUUUAACAUUAUGCAAAAAAACGCCAUUAUUUUCAUAGCCAUCAUUAUCUUGGAAAUUUCAUUGGUCAGUCAAGGUAAACCACGUCCAGAAGGUGGAGAUGUUUCGACAGAGCCGGAAGACUCACAAAGUAAACAAAAGUCGGAGGAAAAAAAUUAUAAGAGUAUUACACCGGAUAUGCUUCAUAAGAAGUCAAACGAAGACAGAAGUGUAGAAGAAAAAGCAAAAAAGAUGGGCCAAAUAUGUGCGAAAUGUUUAAAGAAGUGUGCAAAUAAAGGCGAAGAUGCUGUGUGUUGCAUACCUUAUUUUUGUUGUAUUGUAUGUAGUUGCUGUGACUCAAAACCAUUGAACACCUAG